GUUGCCAAUCCCUGAUUUAUCCGUUGAAACUAAAAAAUAAAAUCGCUCAAUUCAAUAAUUUUCUUUUUUAAAAAUAAAUUAAAAUGAGUGAACAAAAUGAAUCAAUAUUGUUGGAAAUAGACGACUUACAUCGAGACGAUCUAGUGGAGCAGUAUAAAAACUUAUCCAAAGCCUAUUUAAGAGUAAAAAAUGAAAAUGAUGAUUAUAAACAACAAAUUCACAAUAAUCUGUUGCAAACAAAAAUUCUCAUUUCGACACAAACUGAUUUACAAAGUGAGCUCGAUAGUAUCAAUGAAUCACAUAAUCGUGAAAUUCAAGAACACAAUAAGAAAAGCUCUAAUUGUAUUGACUUGUUAAAACAAAAAAUUUCUGAAUUGGACGAAGAAAAAUCGCAGUUGGAACAAAAUCUAAACGAUGUGAAACAAAGAUUAAAGUCUUUUGUGCAAGAAUGCGCCGACAUGAAAACAAUUCUUCUUAAUAAAACUGUAUCCCGAAAAUCAGACAGUUUUUCUGAUAAUCUUCUUAUAGAAAAUGAAAAUCUUCAACAAAUGUUAAAUGAAACAAAAAAUUGUUUAGAGCAGAAAAUUGCAGAAUGUCAUAAGAAUACUUCAACAAUUGAGGAGCUAAAUGAAAGGAUUCUAUGUUUAGAAGAUAAUCUUGAGUCGAAAAAGAAUGAAAUUGAAGAGAAAAGUUUGACUUUCGAGAAUCUUCAAGAAACUUGUAAUGAGAUGUCAAUUGAACUUGCAAUGCUUAAAACUGUGCCAGAAAAUUCUGAUCGCAAGGGAAAUUCACUGUUUGCUGAAGUCGAUGACCAAAGACAAAAGAUGAAAUCAAUUCUUCAAGGCGAACGUUCACAUUAUUUAGAAAUGAAAAAGUUAUUUAACGCAAAAGAAAUUGAGAUUCGAAGAUUGAAGCGAGAAAAUAUGAACAUAAAGUUAGAAAUACAAUCAUGUUCAAAUAUUUUCAAACGUGGUGAAAAAAUUGCUAAUGAAUCUCUAACCGCACAAAUAGCAAGUCUGAAAAAUGAAAAAAUGAUUCUUGAACGACGAUUAGCGACUACAGAAACUCGCCUCAUUGAUCUCGCUAAAAAACAAAAUCUUGGAUGGAUAGAAACUCUCAUAAUUACAGCAAACGACGAACAACGUGAGCUUAAAGAUAAUCAAUCUAAAGCAAUGUAUGAGAACUCGUCACUUGCUAAUUGUCUGACACAGAAUCACAAAGACCUUGCAAAGGCACGUCUCGAAUGUGUUCAAUUUAAAAUGAUGAUCAAUCGAAUUAUCGAUUGCAACAAUAUUAAGAUUAAUGAAAACGACUUUCUUGAUAUUGGAAUAAGCAGUGAAUUGUUUGAGAAUCUCGCAGAGUCAAAAACUUUUGACACUUCAACACAUGAAACGUCAUCAAUGUUUGAUAGUGGAGCACUCAACGAAAGCACAAUUCAGUUGAUCGGUGGACAUGAACUUCUAGGACAUGUCAUCACAAAAGCAAAUUCAAACAUUAUAGAAAGUCUGAAAGUUGAAGAAAAUAAGGAAAAUAAAGAAAACGUCGAAAAUUUAAAGCCAGAAAAGAAAAUCGUUUCGGAACAUGUCAACGUCAUCCAAGAAAAGGAAGAAGCAAAACCUGCAAAGGAUUCAGAAAAUGUUGAUAAGAAAUUUAUUAACAAAACUCUUGAUGAAUUUAAGGAAUCAAAACUUCCACGAAAACGAAAUGGUGUCACCAUCAAGCGAAUUGUCAUUCCAUCAAAAAAUUCACAAAAAUCAUGAAGAAGUUCACUGUUGAAUGUUAAACAAAUAAAUUUUAUAUCAAAGUAAAAAUUAUAAGAGG